AGUGGAAACACUGAUGUUUGCUAUGAAUUAUGAUUCAUUUUUCGAAUUAAACAAAAAUUAAACAAGCAACUUUCGAGCGUGUUAUAACUUUUAACGAUGGCAGAUCCCCGCAUCAGGCAAAUAAAGAUCAAAACUGGCGUGGUUAAACGCAUAGCCAAGGAGAAAGUUGUUUACGAGAAGGAGGCUGAACAGCAAAAGGCUAGGAUACAAAAGAUAAAAGACGAAGGGCAAGACGAGCAUAAUAUAAGAAAGCAGGAGGAGGUCCUUCAAGAGUCGCUUAUGAUGGUACCGGACUGCCAGCGGCGGUUAGCGAAGGCAUUUGCAGAUCUAAAGAAUACAUUAAACACAGAACAAGAUCUCAAAGAGCACGAGGACUACAAAGCGGCCGAACAAGUAUUAAAAGACGCUGAGCCCCAACUGCCCGAAUCAUCAUAAUCUAUACAACUUUACUAAUAUCUUUACAUAUAUAUUAAUAAUAUAA